AUGAAACAUUUCAGUUUGACUGUGGGACGCUUCCUGAAGUACAAAGAUUUUGAUAACAUCACCAUCAGCGCAGUUGAACUGGAAACACCAAAGAAACUCACUUGGAGUAAUUUCAACACACGGCAGUGGUCCAUUAACAAAUUAGUGGUUAAAUUCGUAUAUAUAAAGUUGAUGAUUGCAAUGGGUUUCGUGAUGGAGGGACUACAGUUUGAUCCACAGGAUUGGCAAAACGUGCUGAUGAUCGGCUUAGGAGGUGGAACUGUUGCAACUUUUUCGGUGCUGUCAAAUCCUCUAAGGGUGAACCUCACAACAAUUGAGUUGGACCCACUCAUGGUGACAAUAGCGAAGGAUUGGUUUGGGCUACAUGAAACGCCACUUAACACUGUUAUUCUUGAGGACGGAGUAAAAUUCCUUCAUGAAGCUGCUGAGCGAGGUCAGCGAAUUUCUAUCAUGUCAUCAAUUCAAUUUUUGAAUAACUCAUUACAAGAAGGUCGAAUUAUGGGCGACGCAGAG